GAAUCAGCGUAAAAAAUCGAUUUAAUAUCGAAUUUAGUUCCAGCGCUAAGCAGCACUACCACAAAAAAAAAACAUUAAAAGAAAAACAUUGACUGAUUGCAAUUUUAGCGCUGCACGGUUAAAUAAAUAGGCGUGGCUAUGUGAACGCCAUGGGCUGCAUCACUAGCACCAACAAAUUACAUGAACUGGGACAGGACAAUGUUUUUCGUGUGCGUGUGGCACAUUUGCAGCCCAGCGGACCAGAAGCGCCGGCGCCAAUAAUACGCAGUGGCUUCUUGGAAUUGACACCACGCGAGCUCAUUUUCAUAACCCCUGGCUGUGAGCCGAUUGUGUGGGCGCUGCACAAUUUGCGUCGUUAUGGUCUGAAUGGUGAUUUGUUCUGCUUAGAGGCUGGCAGGCGCUGUAUGUCCGGCCCAGGCAUUUACACCUUUCGCAUACACAAUGCCGAACAGUUGUAUCCAAUGUUCCAGCGCUACAUCAAUGCUGUGAACACUGACGCAUUUGCGCAGGUAGAACGCGAACGAGAGCGCGUCAAUUCGGUGCUUCUGGGACGCAGCGAUGUGCAGCCACAUAGCAACAACUAUUUAGAGCCAGCGCCAUUGCUCUCUCGCGCUGCACUGCAGCUGCAUGGCACGCAGCUACAUGAUGGACCCAGCUCGCCGGAUUCACUGCCCAAUCUGCAGCUGGUGGGCGGUGAGCAGUUGCCCGACAGUGGCGCACUGCAGUCGCCCAUAACUCCUGGCGCCUAUAUCAAUACCGCUUGCAAUUUGUACUUUGAUCAGCCUUUGCAGCGCAUACUGCAGGAGCAGCGCAACAGCAACACCCCACCCGACGCCACGCCGACGGCAACCAACAGCGCAUUUAGCACAAUGCGGCGACAGCAACAGUCGAUCGAUAUGCCACCGCAAGAGUCAGCACCUGCGCUAAACGAAUCGGUGCGUCUUUAUGCCAAUGUCGAGACGCCACGCGAACGUUUGAUCUUCGAUAUGCCAAAUGCGACUGCUGCACCUGGCAAUGGCAGUGAACGGUGCUAUGAAAAUAUUGGACCCAUGGAUCUGCCGCUGCUGACACGCGAUUCUUCACAACAAUCAGUUGCAUCUUCCUCCCAGCAGCAGCAGCAACAACAGCCAGGAACUCCCACCAGUGUGUCUGGCGUUAACUACAUAGUGCUUGAUCUGGAUCAACCUCGCAGUCCUGGUAAUAACUCUCCUAAAGUAUUGGUCCAGUGUGGCAGUGGCAUAAAAUUGAUACUUACAGCGCCAGAUACACCGGAGAAAGAAGUGCAACGUCCUGCUGCUGCCAAAACGCCCACGACAGAGUCAUCUGGCACCCAGGGCUACUCCACGAUUGAUUUCAUACGCACGAAUGCUUUAAAUAAAUCCUCAACGGCACAACCACCCGACAGUGAGACGGCUGUGCUACGCCAGCACGAUCAUCCGCAUGAGGAGGAGGAGCUGCGCAUGACCAGGCACAGCAAGUGCGUACGCAAGGCGUACUCCAUAAGUGAGUGAGUAACCAGCAACAAGUUGCAGCGGGGGCCAGCACAACGAAUUUACCAAUACAACAAAGAUGGGCUCUUAACGGUUAUUGCAUGCCGUUAUAAUAUUUAGCUAAGCUUAAGUAUACGUAUCCGUGCAUGAGAGAGAGACUCCAACAAGAGAGCUCUACUCAAUGUGAGAGCUGCUUCACACUGAGAGAAAUUGUAACUAGGUUGUUUCAGUGUAUGUAUGUACUAAUUGUUAGUUAUGCACAUACAUAUACAUACGUACAGUAGACUUAAGUAUUUUUUAAAAAAACACAGACAUAGGUACACACAUACUUACUACACGGGGCUGUUUAGUGCUAGUCAUUUUUUGAACACUGUGCAAAAAGUAGUUACUUAUUUUGUUUUGAUUUUUGUAAACGUAACAUGCAAGGCUUUUAAAUUAUACAUAGUACACAUUUUAAUGCGUACUACGACAUAUAUACAAACAAAAAAAAAGUUGUAAUUAUAUACAUAAAUAGUUGAGCAUAGUUUGAUUGUUAUUAGCAUUGCGCAAAUCUAGGCUGCAGUAUAGCCCAGUGCUUUAAAAAAAAUAAAUAAAUAGGAUUUGUUGGCAACAGCUUAAAGAUGUAAUUGGUCGCUUUAAUUUUAAUUUAUACAUUGCUUUAUUGUUAUUGAAAUUUAUAGAAGUUUAAAUAUAUGUACUUA